UAUGGGGGAGCUUACAUCAUAUGAACCCUUCUUCGAUCAAACAUCGAAUUGCAGUAACCUCCAAAUUCCAUAUUCUUUUCUGGAUCUCGCACUUAAUUAUACGCACAAGGAUUGCAUCAGGUCGCCAAGUAGGAUUCUUCUCAAAGGGACCAUAGGCCAUGGCUGGCUCCAGUGCAACAAUCGAUGCACCUCCCGCCUCGUCCGAAGACAGGAUUCUCAUAAAUGAAUAUGAACAGAGCCACAAGAAAAUCAGGGCCUGCAUUGCAUGUCGUAACAUGAAGAUAAAAUGCGUUUCGGUUCCCGGUUCUAAAGAUUGCGAGACCUGCAUAAGAUUUUCUCGUCCUUGUCAAGACCCGGGGCCGCCAAAAGCGCGAGUGAAAACUUCCCAGAAGUUCACUGAACUCGAAAGGAAGAUCGACGCUUUAACUAGCGCGCUGGAAGCUGAACGAAGGCGAAACCAGAAGUCCCUCAAAGAAGUGAGAGAAGACGCGGGGUGGUCUAGAACUCCCGACUCGAGCUCUAGGGAUGACGAUGCCCCACCAUUCAGCGAACGACAAGAUCGCCAUGCGGAACUCAUUGUCAGCCGUGAUGUUGUCAGUCAGGGCUUGGUAGAUAUCCGAACUGCCUCUACGUUGUUUGAUCACUGGAAUCUUCAUAUGCGGCCACUGAUGCCUUUGAUCUGCUUCCCGGCUGAGGAAAAUGUAGACGCUAUCCGAGCGACGAAGCCUACAUUAUUCCUAACUAUCAUAACGAUAGCUAGCACAUCGCUCAGGCCGUCUCUCGUGAAUCCUCUUCUAGGACAACUCAACAGCAUCCUAGCUCAGGAUGUCUUUAUCCAAGGCGCAAAAUCUCUUGACUUAUUACAGUCUUUAGUCCUCUUCUCACAGUACUACAUACAGCCCCCGCACAUUAAGGCAUUCGCACUCCCUCAGCAUGUAUACAGCGCUGUGGUCAUGUCUCACGAUCUUAACUUAGGCGGCGCACUUAAGCUAGAUAAUAAUAGAACCAGUGACCAAGAAAGAGAUACAUAUAGAACUUUGCUAACCGUGUAUUUUGGUGCAUCAUGUUCGGCAACGCUUCUACGUCGGCAUCAGCCCCUUAUACUUUCGACCUCGCACCAAGCUUGCAUAGAAGCUCUGACACAAGGGAAUGGUACGCGGAGUGACGAUCAAUGGUUAUGCAGCCUCGUAGCUCUCCAAGAGAUUUUCGAUGAUGCCUCAAAGACGUUAAAUGCGUCGUAUUCAUGCGCGGACGAAUCCUUCGAUAACUUCAGAACGCAGCAUUUACUAGGCAUUUUCAGACAGAGAUUAGCUGACUGGAAACUAUCAUCCUCGGGAGACCUAGAUCCUCGUCUUAAAAACCACGCAGGUUCAGUUGCUGAUUUCUACAUUCACCAAGUUGCGGUUAGAGAUUAUAGCUAUCGGAUGCGUACUUGGCUUAAGAUCAAGGACAGUGAAGAUCCAAACGGGCCGCCACCAACAUUCACCGCAACACAUACCGACGCACUCUGCCAUAGCCUAAUAGUAGGUGCUAAUGCCCUGAAUAUUUAUCUAUCAUUGCAUGAUGACCUUACACGUUCUCUUCCGAACGUAUUUCUUGUAUGGAAUCUGUGCGUGGUAGUUGGUUUAUUGAAGCUGGGACAUUUUGCUGAAGAGUUGUCACGUUCCCAAACAAGAGGCCCUGACAAUUAUAAUCCGCCAUCUCCUUUAGAUCUUCUUGAUGCGAUGAUCCAAAGGCUCACUACCUUAACCCUGCACGGGUAUUUCCCUCAGUCGCGACCAUUUUUAGACGCAUUUAAGAAGCUCAAGAGAUGGUCUCAACAAAAGAAAACGGUCUGCAUCAACAACAAUGGUAGCUGUGAUGAAGCAAGUACCGAAAUCGUCCACGAUGUGCUUGGAACCCAAACCCCACCGGCCUCCCCGUCACUUCCGCAGUCACAUAUUCAUACGUCUGGCCGACAGCAGCCAGGUUAUCAAGGCCACUUGCGAACCACUUUCGAGAUACAAGCAGAAUCAAACAACUCGGCUUUGAUAGCUGAAAUCCAGCCUGCGGAACAACCAGAUAUCAACUGGAACCUAGGUUCUUAUGCUUUCGACCAUGUUAAAGCAUCAACCUAUAACGCUGGUGUUUCAAAUGGCAAUUCCGAUAUGACUUAUGACCCUGGGUACUUUAGUACCGACAUGCAUGACACUGGGUUCGGCCUUAGUGAUAUGAAAGACAUUGAUGACUUUAUGAUGCAGGGCAUUGACGGAGGAUUAUGGUCCAUACUGUAGAAACCUGAUAUUAGUUCUGAAAGGACAGCUUGGCAGUUUAGUGGGGACAAAUGGCAAUCUUCAAAUAGUACUAGGUAGACUAAGUGGCGAUCUCGCUGUGCUAUAAUUCUUAGGCUGGCGAGAACUCGGCAGCAAUGCGAUUCCUGAUAGAUAUGCCUCUAGAAAUGAGUGGAACUAUAGGAUUACCAAGUUACCUACCUGUUAUACAAAAACUUGGACGCCUUUUGUCAGCGCUUAGAUUAUAAAUAUUUACAAAACUUGUCGACAGGGGUAAUUGGAAAUGAUGACAGAAGAUA